UCAUGCUGUAGCAAGUGUGUUUAGAGAAGGUAAGGAGACUGCUGUGGAUGUUGUCUGUGUGCAGGUGCUUUCUCUGAAGAACGCCCAGGAUGCCCACAAUGGGUAUCAAUCCCUUCUCUCUGAAAUCAAUGAUCCAAACACCAAAUACAUCCUGAGAACUGCAAACCGGCUCUAUGGAGAAAAGACCUUUGAGUUUCUUCCUUCAUUUACAGAGUCCAGUCAGAAAUCCUACCAUGCUGGCCUGGAACAGAUGGACUUCCUACAUGCUUGGGAGGAUGCCAGGAAACAAAUCAAUGGCUGGGUAGAGAAAAGGACUGAAGGUAAAAUUCAGAACCUGUUGGCAGAGGGAAUUCUGAAUUCCCUGACCAGGCUUGUGUUGGUGAAUGCCAUCUAUUUCAAAGGCAAUUGGGAAGAGCAGUUCAACAAACAGAGUACCAGAGAGAGGCCGUUCCAAAUUAAUAAGGUAUGA